AUGCGUGUGACUUCCACGGUUUUAGAAUAUAUGAGAUAUGAGACCGACAGAUUGCUUGAUAGACAGAAUCGAUUGUCUGUAGGGGUUCACAGAUCUCGUGGCAAAAGUAAUUUUGCAACCAAAUCUGGUCCAACCGAAUACCAAAACACUGGAAUAGGACAGAUGAAAAUUCCUCCUUUUGGCCGCACAUAUACUGUAAUUAGGUCGAUCGCCAUCAUCUUAAUGACGCGUAUGUUUAAGGCUGAGGCGCAGAAGAGAAAAAGAAAACACAAUGAUGGAAUGCCACCAGAUCUCUUCAAGAAUUUACAGAUGACAAUCGAUGGGCCACUUGAUCUGCGAUCGACAGCCAUACAACGAUACUCUCGAACGGCCACAGAUCCCGAGGCGGACUAUUAA